CGCGCGAGUCACGUGAGAGGUCGCGGCGGCGUCAGCUGAUCGCGGCGCGGCGGCGAUGGACUUUCUGCUGGGGAACCCCUUCAGCUCCCCCGUAGGGCAGCGCAUCGAGAAAGCUACAGAUGGGUCCCUGCGGAGCGAGGACUGGGCUCUCAACAUGGAGAUCUGUGACAUCAUUAACGAGACUGAAGAAGGGCCCAAAGAUGCCUUCCGAGCCAUUAAGAAGAGAAUUGUAGGCAAUAAGAACUUUCAUGAAGUUAUGCUGGCUUUGACGGUCCUGGAGACGUGCGUCAAGAACUGUGGCCAUCGCUUCCACGUCCUUGUGUCCAGCCAGGACUUUGUAGAAAGUGUCCUGGUGAGGACAAUCCUGCCCAAGAACAAUCCACCUGCCAUAGUGCAUGACAAGGUGCUGACCCUCAUUCAGUCCUGGGCAGACGCCUUCCGCAGCUCACCAGACCUGACCGGUGUUGUCGCUGUCUAUGAAGACCUGAGACGGAAGGGCCUGGAGUUCCCCAUGACUGAUCUGGACAUGCUGUCACCCAUCCACACACCACAGAGGACUGUGUACAGCUCUAACUCCCAGUCAGGACAGAACUCACCUGUGGUCAACUCACCUCAGCAGAUGGAGUCCAUCCUCCACCCUGUCACCCUGCCCACUGGGAAGGGAACAUCCAGUGACUCUCCCAUCACACCCACACCAGAGCAGGUCACGAAGCUGCGCAGUGAGCUGGAAGUGGUGAAUGGAAAUGUGAAGGUCAUGUCAGAGAUGUUGACAGAGCUGGUGCCAUCCCAGGCUGAACCUUCUGAUCUGGAGCUGCUGCAUGAGCUGAAUCGGACAUGCAGAGCCAUGCAGCAGCGUGUGCUGGAGUUGAUUCCUCGUGUCCUCCACGAACAACUCACUGAAGAGCUGCUCAUCAUCAACGACAACCUCAACAAUGUGUUUCUGCGCCAUGAAAGGUUCGAGCGUCUUCGGACAGGACAGCCUGUUAAGGCACCAAAUGAGGCAGAAAACAGCUUGAUUGACCUGGGGCCCAGUGCUCCUGCAGUGAAGCAGCCUGAAGUCACCAACAACCUCUCCUCUCAGCUGGCUGGAAUGAACCUGGGUUCAAGCAGCAUCAGUGCAGGGCCACGCACCCUCAACACCUCUGGCAAGCUGGAAGAAGAGUUUGAUAUGUUUGCUCUGACCCGUGGCAGCUCGCUGGCUGAGCAGCGCAAAGAGGUAAAGUACGAAGAUCCCCAAGCCUCCAAAGGACUUGCUGGUGCCCUGGAUGCCCGGCAGCAGAACACAGGAGCGGGGGAGUCUGGUGCCUCCAGUGAUGGAGCCCAACUGACUAAGUGGAUGAUGCGGCAAGGAAUGAUGCCGGUUCCCCAAGCCAAUUUCAUGGAAGACAUAGAAAAGUGGCUCUCCACUGAUGUGGGAGAGUCAGAGGAUGCAAAAGGAGUCACCAGUGAAGAGUUUGACAAGUUUCUGGAAGAGCGAGCAAAAGUUGCAGACCGGCUACCUAGCUUGUCCAGCUCCUUAGCAGGGACGUCCGUCUCCCCUCCUGCUGCCAGCCAUCACCGGAAGCAAGCAAAGGAAGAUGAUGCUAUGUUUGCCUUGUGAAUGCUAUGGACUGGUGUGCUGUGGAACAAGAGGCUGUGUGUGUUGUUUUACUUGCCUCCAAGCAGGGGCUAGCAGAGGAAGGACUCUGUCCCCUUCCUUCACUUUAUUCCUGUUUUCCCUUUGAGUUGUUUUUAAGUUGCUUUCAGUUGUUGUGUUUAGGGAUGUCACACCAUAGACUUGUGAAGGGGGUUUCAAAGCUGCUAAAGAAUGUGGGCGCUUUUUUGGUACAGUAUAGGCUAAGCUGAAGCUCCCCAUCCUCCUCUCCACUGAGGUAAUUAGAGAUCUUGUCCAAGAAACAGGAGAGGCUGCAGUCUGCUGCUGAAAUCAUUCCCGCCUGCCUCUUUUCUCACCUCAUCCCUAGAAGAGAUCUCCAGAGAUCUCCAGUCCUCUGCCUGCCACUGUUAUACUGGAUAGCAUGGGGAUGCAAAGCAUUGCAAGUGGCAGAGGAACUCUAAUGGCAGAGGGGCCCCAUUGCUCUAGUCUCUCUUGCACAAGUGCUUGUGGUAUGCAACACCUUCCCACUCACAGCCCCUUCUUUUCUUCUUCCUUUCCUCCCCCUUGCCAUUGGUUCAUCCAGAAUCCUGCCCACAGCCUGAAUGUCUGUUACAAGACCCCCAGUUACCAAAGCUGCCAGCUGCACACAGCUAUGAGCAGUACCUCAGACUGAAGGAGUUGUCUGCCAUGGGCUAGGAAGUGCCUUCAGCCACCUCUCUGCAGUUGAUUUAAUUCUCCAUUUAUUAGAUUUUUCUCCUCUCUUUCCCCAAUGUGAUCCCACCUCCCCCUCUUGCUUCCACUGCUGCCUUCCACCACGUUGUGCCACAGUGUGGGAAGUCUCCCUGAGUUUCUGAUCAGACCAAUGCUAUGGACUCCCUCAGGGUAGCUGUGUGUGCUGGGGCCACAGAACUGUGUUCCCUACAGCAGGAGGCCCUUAGGCUCGUACUGGUGCAUUGGCAAGAACGUGCUGUUGCUGGGGUGGCUUGUUCAGCUGGUGAGCACAGAGGUGAAGUGAGACAUCAGUCAUCUCAUGCCAGCCAACAACCCUGCAGCAGCCAGGAAUCACAGAAUCAUAAAAUGGUUUGAGCUGGGUGGGACCUUAAAGACUACCUAGUUCCAGCCCCUUGCUGUGUGCAGGGACUCCGU